AUGCAAGCGCAUACACUGCCGCAGAUCGCGCGCGAGCUAUGCUGCAGUGGUACUGCGCCGCGGCCUGUGCUGCGCCGCACAGUCAUGCUGGCCGGUCUGGGUAACUAUAUACAUCCUACUACGCGGCACUCGAUCGGCCAAUUUGUCCUCGCGCCGCUCAUUGCACGUGCGGAGGUUCACGAUAGGAACGUACGGGCCCACAUUGCGUCGAUCAUGGCGCGGAGGCGGCCAGAGGAUGGAUUGCCGUCAUUUCCUCUGCCUGAUCCGGCGGAGCCACAGCCAUUUCGCAUGGUGCGUGCCGCAAAAGGAUGGCUCGCGCGUGUCACGACGCUGGUCGAUACGAUGCCCAACAAAGGCAUGGUGCAAUACCCAAAAGGUGCAUUUCCUCCGCAACGUUUUCCGUUGGUUAUGCUGGAUAUGAUUUUUUAUAUUCCGAAAGCGCUCAUGAAUGUCAAUGGGGGUGGGCUUGCAGCCGCAAUGACACAGUACCCAACGCUUGACAUUCCCAGAGACGUUUUGUUGCUGCAUGACGAGAUGGAGCGUGCAUUUGGCAAAGUGUCGAUAAAGUGGGAUGGUAGCGCCGCUGGUCAUAACGGAGUGCGCAGUGUGCAGAAUAUGCUGAAAAGCCGCGGCUUGGAGGAGAGUGUCGCGCGUGUAAGACUAGGGAUCGGACGUCCACCAGACGGUGAAUCAGUGUCUUCGUACGUGCUUGAAUCGAUGCCAGAUGCAUGGCUCGAUGCGUGCAUGCGUAUGCACGAAGAUGAUGGUGUUGGAAGACGUACAUGGGAUACAGUUGUAGCAUGGUGCUUGGAAACGACGCCAAGAGAGGCUGUAGCAGCGAGAUAG